AGACAUAUGUCUGUUCUGUGUGCCCAGUUCUUUUUUUUCUGUGUGUGUAUUUUGAAGUAUCUGAAAUCUAGUACUUUAUUAAAUGAUGGAAAUUGAUGAAAGACUUAAACAAAUAGAAGAAUUGGAAAUUUUUUUGAAAGAUAAAGGUGAAAUUCCUGUGGAUGUGCUAAAUAAGUUAGGUUGGUGCGAAGAAUCUUUGAAUGAUGAAUUCAAAUCUGUUUGCACUAAAGAUCCUGGGCAUUGGGUCCCUGAAUCAACUCUUGCUCAUCAUGAAGAAAUAUGUGCGUGGACAAAAGAGGGUUAUACCAAAGAAGAAAUGGUUAAACAACCUCCUAGUUCACAAUUUUUUUACCAGAAGGCUACAUCUGUUAUUCCAGUUAUAAUAGAUAAAGAAUUACAAGCAAGUAUUUUGCUAGAAAGUACUGGUGAGAACUUUGAAAAAAAGUACCAUGAUGAGAUUCCAAAUGUACCAAGGACUGUUGAUCGUUCAGUUGUAGAGCUAACCCCAGAACAAAGGCUUGCAAUUUAUGAUUAUGUCGUGAAAGAAGGAAAGGCUGCUAAUAAGCCAAAGAAUGUGACUGUGGAAGAUUUAUUGUUUGACUUUGGAAAAAAAGAUGAACAGGAAGGAAGACCUAAAACUCAACUUGAAAUAUUGGCAGAAUUAAGAGACUAUAAACGUCGAAGGCAGUCGUAUAGAGCAAAAAAUGUUCAUAUCACAAAAAAGUCAUAUACUGAGUUAAUGAAAGAAGUAAUAGAAAACCAAAUCACAUAUUUAUCUGAAACAAGAAAACAAGAGACUUGUGAAAAAACUGAAGGUGUUGAUUCAGAAUUAUGUACAAAAGAUACGGAUGGAACUGAAGAAAAAACUGAUCACAAAAGGAGAGAAGGUUCCUAUGAUCACAGAAGAGAUGAUUCCAAACCUUAUCAUGCACACAGUGACCGGUCUGAGAGUUCAUCACCGAGGCAUCACAAACAUAAGCGAGAACGCAGCAGAAGUAGAUCCAGAUCACAUACAAGACAUAAACAUAAAAAGUCUCACCGUAAAAAAUCCCACAAAAAAUCUCGCCAUUAAAUCAUUUUUGAACUGUGUAAAUAAAGCUUUAAUAAUACCA